UCAAACUCAUCCACUUGGCUCCCAGAAAGUCAAUACUCACCGUUGGCUUCAUUUUCCUCACAAGCAAGCUAGCACGUCUUGCUCACAACAUUUUCUUCUCCAUUCAGCAGUGCAUUUGUGUUUCCUUGUGUUCUGCGUGUGUUGCAGGUGCAGUGAGUGUUCCAAUGGGGGAGGUGGUGGCCACCAUGGCGAUCCGGCCACUGGUGUCCAUGCUGAUGAACAAGGCAUCCAGCUACCUUCUGAACAAAUACAAGGUGAUGGAGGGAAUGGAGGAGGAGCACAGGACUCUCGAGCGCAAGCUUCCGGCCAUCCUUGACGUCAUCACCGAUGCCGAGGAGCAGGCGACGGCCCACAGAGAAGGUGCGAAAGCUUGGCUCCAGGAGCUCAAGAGAGUGGCCCAUGCGGCAAAUGAAGUCUUCGAUGAAUUCAAGUAUGAAGCACUCCGCCGCGAAGCCAAGAAGAAGGGACACUACAGCAAGCUUGGAUUUGAUGUAAUAAAACUCUUCCCUACUCACAACCGUAUUGUGUUCCGAUACAAAAUGGGUCGCAAGCUUUGCCGGAUUCUCCAGGCCAUUGAGGUCCUCAUAGCAGAUAUGCAGGCCUUUGGGUUCAAGUACCAAUCAGAGCAGCCGGUGUCCAAGGAUUGGCGGCACACAGAUUAUGUCAUCAUCGCGCCACAAGAAAUUGCCAAUAGAUCCAGAGGCAAAGAUAAGAAAAAGAUUGUUGAUACACUACUUGGUCAAGCUGGCAAUGCAGAUCUCGCAGUAGUUCCCAUCGUUGGAAUGGGGGGCCUUGGCAAGACCACAUUAGCGCAGCUCAUAUACAAUGAACCUAAAGUUCAGAAGCAUUUUCAGCUGCUGCUCUGGGUAUGUGUCUCUGAUACCUUUGAUGUGAACUCCUUAGCCAAGAGUAUAGUUGAAGCAUCUCCCAGGAAAAAUGAUGAUAUAGGCAAACCACCAUUGGAUAGACUUCAGAAAUUGGUCAGAGGGCAGAGGUAUCUCCUUGUAUUGGAUGAUGUAUGGAACAGAGAGGUUGAUAAGUGGGAAAGGCUGAAGGUCUGUCUUCAAUGUGGUGGCACCGGUAGUGCAGUGUUGACAACAACUCGUGAUAAUCAAGUUGCUGAAAUUAUGGGUGCAGAUAGAGCCUACCAUCUCAGUGAUUUGGAUGAUAGCUUUUUAAAGGAAAUUAUUGAGUCUAGAGCAUUCAGUCCAGAGAAAGAAAAGCCUGCCGUGCUAGUCAAGAUGGUUGGUGAGAUUGUGAAGAGAUGUUGUGGCUCUCCUUUAGCUGCAAUUGCACUAGGUUCUGUACUUCGCACCAAGACCAGUGUGAAAGAAUGGAAGGCUAUAUCAUCUAGAAGCAGCAUCUGCACUGACGAAACUGGAAUCUUACCAAUACUCAAGCUUAGCUACAAUGACUUGCCAUCACAUAUGAAGCAGUGCUUUGCUUUUUGUGCUGUAUUUCCCAAGGAUUACAAGAUUGAUGUGGAGAAGCUGAUCCAACUAUGGAUCGCACAUGGAUUUAUCCCAGAACACAGGGAAGAUAGUCCUGAAACCGUUGGAAAACAUAUUUUCAAUGAGCUGGCCUCAAGGUCAUUCUUUCUGGACAUAGAGGAACUUGAAUAUGUAGAUGCCAGGGAGUAUUUUUCCAUAACUACAUGUAAAAUCCAUGAUCUUAUGCAUGAUAUUGCAAUGUCUAUUAUGGACAAGGAAUGUGUUGUUGCAACUAAGGAAUCAAGUCAAAUCAAGUGGCUUCCAGAUACUACUCGGCAUUUAUUUUUGUCAUGUGAACAAACAGAAGGUAUGUUGAAUGAUGCUAUGGAGAGGGGAUCCCUUGCUAUCCGAACACUGCUAUGUGAUAAUCCUGUUUGGAGCUCACUGCAACAUCUAUCAAAGUACAGAUCUUUGCAUGCACUGAAGCUCUGUAUAAAGACAAUACCAUUUCUACUGAAACCAAAGUAUCUUCAUCACCUGAGGUACCUUGAUCUCUCAGAAAGUUAUAUUAAAGCACUUCCUGAAAAUAUGAGUAUUCUAUAUAGCUUGCAAACAUUGGACCUAUCCAAAUGCAUUUAUCUUGAUCGACUUCCAAGGCAAAUGAAGUAUAUGACUUCCCUCCGUCACCUCUAUACUCAUGGAUGUCCGGAGUUGGAGAGUAUGCCCCCAGAACUAGGAAAACUCACAAACCUUCAGACAUUGACAUGUUUUGUAGCAGCAGUUACUGGACCUGAUUGCAGUGAUGUAGCAGAGCUGCAACAUUUAAACCUUGGCGGUCAGCUAGAGCUAUGUCAGAUAGAGAAUGUUACGGAAGCAGAGCCAAAAGUGGCAAAUCUAGGAAACAAGAAGGAGCUCAGUGAACUAACAUUAAGAUGGACUUUUGUUUGCGAUAGCAAGGUGCUCGACAAUUUCGAACCUCAUGAUGGGCUGCAGGUUCUGAAGAUAUAUUACUAUGGUGGAGAGUGCAUUGGUAUGAUGCAAAACAUGGUUGAGAUACAUCUUUUUCAUUGUGAAAGAUUGCAAUUUUUGUUCAGACGUGAUGCAUCCUUCACUUUUCCAAAACUGAAGGUGCUUACGCUAGAACAUCUGCCGAAGUUUGAGAGAUGGUGGGAAAUAAAUGCGAGGCAAGAUCAGAUAGGAUUUCCUCUGCUUGAGAAGUUGUUUAUUAAGUAUUGUGGAAUGCUGACAGCAUUGCCGAAAGCACCACUGCUUCGAGAACCGUGUGGUGGAAGUUAUAGGUUGGUGCGAUCACCGUUUCCUGCCCUAAAGGUACUAGAAUUGGAAGACUUGAAGAGCUUCCAGAGAUGGGAUGUUGCUGCUGAAGGAGGAGGGGUAUUGUUUACUCAGCUUGAGAAACUGUCAAUUAAGAACUGCCCAAAGCUAAUGGAUUUACCUCGAGCACCAUUGCUUCAAGAACUAGAAUUGAAAUACUUGGCGAGCUUUCAGAGAUGGGAUGCUGUAGUCGAAGAAGAACAAAUAUUGUUUCCUCUUCUGGAGAAGCUAUCAACUGAAUUUCCAAAGGUGACGGAAUUAACUGAAGCACCGUACCUGCAAGAGUUCAAAUUGAAAUACUUGGAGAGCUUACAGAGGCAGGAUGCUGUAGUUGAAGAGCAAAUAUUGUUUCCACUUCUGCAGAAGCUAUCAAUUCAGAAAUGCCCAAGGCUGAUAGAUUUACCUGAAGCACCAAAACUCAGUUCAUUAGAAAUUCAAGAUGGCAAGCAAGAGAUCUUCCAUUUUGUAGGUAGAUAUUUGUCUUCGCUGACCAAACUGAUACUGAAGCUAGAAAAUACAGAAACAACAUCAGAGGCUGAGUGCGUUUCAAUUGUACCGAUGGACAACAAGGAGAAAUGGAACCAGAAAUCCCCACUUACAGUUAUGAAGUUAAGAUGCUGCAACUCAUUCUUUGGAGCAGGUGCACCAGAGCCAUGGGAUUAUUUUGGACAUCUUGAAGCUUUGGCAAUUGAUAGCUGUGAUGUGCUCGUCCACUGGCCAGACAAAGUAUUCCAAAGCUUGGUAGCCUUGAGGAGAUUAUCGAUUAGAAACUGCAAGAAUCUGACUGGAUGCGCACAAGCUCCUCCUGACCCAGAAUCUAGCCUGCACCUGCCUGCAUCAGCAACCGAAAGGAGCCAACACCUGCCUGGUCUGGAGUCUAUUGAGUUAAUUAAUUGUGCAAGUUUGAUAGAGAUGUUCAACGUCCCAGAAUCUCUCAAGGAAAUGCAUAUUUUUGGUUGCCAUGAGCUCAAGUCCAUAUUCGGCAAGCAGCAGGGCAUGUCACAGUUAGUUCAAGGGCUAUCUUGCAGCGAGGUAACCGUGCCCACGGUUGUAUCUGAGUUGUCAUCAUCAUCCAUGAAUCACUUCUUUCCAUGCCUAGAAUAUCUACAGUUAUCUGGAUGUGAUAGUUUAUCAGCGGUUCUAGAUCUUCCACCGUCAUUAAAGACCAUAUCUAUUGGUGCCUGCAGGAAUAUUCAAGUCCUAUCAUGUCAGCUGAAUGGGCUUCAGAAACCACAAGUCACUACUUCCAUAAAUAUACCAGAGCCAUCAACAGCAGUAGCAAGAGAGCAUUCCCUUCCUCCUUGUCUCGAGUCUCUACACAUAUGCUGCUUCAGUGGCAUGUUUGGGGGGAUUCUCCAUCUGCCGAAUUCCCUCAAGACACUGAAAAUUUCUGGCAGUAGUUUGACAUCACUGGAGUUUCUGUCGGGAGAGCACCCCACAGCGUUGGAAUCCCUUGUAAUUGAUAGCUGCAGUACCCUGGCAUCCCUACCGAAUGAUCCGCAAGCAUACAGGUCACUUCAACGGCUUGAAAUUACAUGCUGUCCUGCUAUAAAGAAGCUUCCUACAUGCCUGCAGCAGCAACUGGGUAGCAUUGGCUUCUACAAACGGCUGGAUGCCCAUUAUGAAGUAACGGCAUUUAAACCAAAGACUUGGAAGGAAAUACCAAGACUAGUCCAUGAGCGGAGGCAGGCUCGUCGCAGCUGAAGUGAUGUCACUUAAACCAAAGAAAGACAUGGAAGGAAAUACCGAGGAUAGUCUGUGAGCGGAGCCAUGCCUACAACAAUUGAAUGCUAUUCAGCCCUUUUUCGUGGGUAAACCUCGGAAGGGGAAGAAAAGCUCAUGCAAUUCAUAUAGGUGAAUAGUGUUGCCCAUUUAACUGAGGACAACUGGACGAAAGCUGCAUGGAAAGGGCAUGAGUUUUCUUAGAUUAAAUAAUGUACUAGGUUAUGGCAUGACUAUAAUCAAUCUGGCUUUGUUGACCUUUGACCUUUAUCUUCCUCAGAUAUUUGUAAUUCGGAUCUAAUUCAUGUCCUGCAACAGUUCCCAGGUUCAGUAGAAGCUGGGAUAUUACUCAAGCUUGUGAGCUAUCUAUCUGUGUAGAUCUAGUUUUAGCAUUGUUACGUAGUUGAGAAGACCUUUCAGUUGUUGAGAAACCUUUUCAACUGUGAUUUGUAUCUGUUUCAGUAUCGACGGUAAUACCAGCAUUGCUGGUUACUGGGGAGAUGUUGGUGGAGCCUGCUGAACAAUAUUGUGAAUUUCUUGGAUAAUAGGCCUCCCUAAUGGCUGCU